AUUAUUAUUAUUAUUAUUAUUAUUAUUAUUAUUAUUAUUAUUAUUAUUGUUGUUGUUGUUGUCUUUUUCUGCCAGUGCUUUGACUUUAUACAUUAUCAUUAACUGCUUAGUUCAGAUAGGGUCAGAGUAGCAGUUGGGUCAUCCUAGGAUGACCUCAGGGUAGGACGUGCCUGGUGAACCCCCACUGGGUGGCGUCCAGGGUUCAUCCUGAUUAGACGCCGGAACCACCUCACCUGGCUCCUCUCAAUGUGGAGGAGUAGCAGCUCUACUCCAAGCUCCUCCCUGAUGACCAAGCUCCUCACCCUGUCAAGUUGAGUGUAGCCACCACCCUGUGAAGAAAGCUCAUUUCUGCCACUUGGCGGAAAUCAUGAUCUCAUUCUUUCAGUCAUUACUCACAGCUCAUGACCAUAGGUGAGGGUUAGGAUGUAGGCCGAGUGGUAAACAGAGAGCUUUGCCUUAUGGCUCAGCUUCCUCUUCACCAGGUCCUUUCCUCUUACCUGGAGUGGGCAUGCCAUCUUUUUCCAGGCUAGGACCAUGGACUCAGACUUGGAGCUGAUCCGAAUACCAACUGCUUCACACUGAAAAACACUCGAGUGAGCGCUAGAGGCAUCCAUGCAAUCCAGCCAAAAGGAUAACAUGAUCUGCAAAUAGCAGAGAUGUCCCCCUCCAGCUUGCACACAUAAUGCCCUCCUGACCUCGGCUAUGGGUUGACACCCUGUCGAUGAAUAUCAUGAACAGGAGUGGAGACAAGGCACAACCUUGGCGGAGUCCAUCACUAACACUGAACGAGCUUGACUUAACACAACUCUCAGAGAUUGAAUGGUAUGGAGUAUUAGCCCCAGCACCCCAUACUCCUGGAGGACCUCCCACAAGAUAUCUCAUAGAACACGGUCGUAAGCCUUCUCCAAGUCCACAAAACACAUGUAGACUGGGUUGAAAAUCUGUCAUGCCCCCUCAACGAUCUACGUGAGGGUAAAAAGCUGGUCCAUUGUUCCAUGGCCAGGAAUCCACACUGUUCCUCCUCAGUCUGAGGUUCGACUAUCGGUUGGAGUCUCUUUUCUUUAUAUAUUAUGCUUGUUUUUGCCUGUUUUACUAUUUUGUUUUACAUUUUCUUUAUAGUUUCCUUUAUUUUCUUCAAUGUACUACAAACACUAAGAACUGUAUUUUAGAUGUAUUUUAAAUAGUUGUUUUUUAUUACCACCAUCAUCAUCAUCAUCAUCAUCUAUAACUGCUAUCCAGAUGGGGUCACGUGUUCACUUUUUUUAACUUAGAAAGUCAACAAAAGGUUCUGAAACAUCUGCAUACAUAUGUAUCUUAAUGUAUAGGCUCAAAUGUAGCACAGAAUCAGUUGAUCAGUCCCCCAUUAACUGAUUUUGCAGAUAUUACUGAUGUCCAUGCAUUUCUGUACAGUGAGAGAGAUUUUUUCAUAAGAAACCUCAAAGCAUUUUUUAAAUUAAGAUGGGAUGUUUUACUUCUUAAUUCUGUACUUACUGUGGAAAAACACACACAGGCUAAAGAAUAAUAAAAUAUAAACAAGGACAAUGUGCUUAACAGUGACCUCAAAUAUACUUUCAGUUUCAAUUUCCCGGAAAUCAGUUCCUUACAGGAUAUCAUAAGCCUCCCGCCCACCCCCCUUUCUUCCAUUCUCCUCAUGGAGUUGAAAGUGAAAGUAAAAUCAGCGUGUAUAUAUAUAUAGACAGGAAGAGCUGCAGGCACAGAGCAUCAGACUGAGAAGGAGACGCAGACCUCAGCAUCACUUCUCAUAGAGUUCCAAAGAUUCAAACAUGGGAUCAUCCCCAGCGAAACCUGAAUUUGUCAAUGUUUUGGCUGACAAACAAGUGAAAGAAGGAGAAGAUGUUAUUCUUCGCUGUGAGGCAAACAUAGGAGAAGUAACAGCAAAGUGGGAGAAGAACGGGAGCGCAUUGGAAUGUGUGGAAGGCAAGCACACAAUGACACAAAGUGGGACAACGUUUUCCUUGAUAAUCAGGAACGCUGCAGAGGAAGAUGAAGGGAGCUACACAUUAAAACUGUGGAAUGACUCUGGUAGUGCCUCAUGCUCUGCCAUGGUCAUUGUUGAACUCAAUGAAUGGAGGAAUGCCCAGUGGAAUCAACAUCCACUGAUCACAGCCCUACGGAACUUCAAAAUUAGUAAUAGGAAAGUCAGAGAGCUACGCUUCCUUCUCGCUGGACCAGUUGGAGCAGGAAAAACCAGCAUCAUCAACACCAUUAAAAGCAUUUUUGCAGGGCAUCAGUUCAUCAACUGCCUGGCUGCUUCAGAUUCAUGUGAUUUUACAAUUAAUUACCAGAAGCACACUAUUGGAACUUAUCCUUUCGCCUUCUGUGAUAUGAUGGGUAUUGCCAGCGGUCAGUCUGAAGGACUGCACACUGAUGACGUCAUCAGUGCCUUAAAGGGUCAUAUGCCAAAUGAAUAUAACUUCUGCUCCAGAAUUCCACUGUGUGAAAACACUCAAAAUUACAUCAGAAAUCCGAGUGUGAAUGAUAAGAUUCACUGCCUAGUGAGUGUUAUUGCAGCAGACAAAAUUGCUAUAUUGGAGAAUGAUGUUAUCCAGAAAAUGAAGACCAUCAGAGCAGAAGCCAGUAAAUUAAGAAUCCCUCAGCUGGUUUUCAUGACAAGAGUGGACAAGGUGUGCAAAAUGACAAGGGGAGAUUUGGCCAAGAUCUACCAAAGCAAGAAGAUUAGGGAGAAAAUGGAAGAGUGCAGCACUAGACUGGGAGUCCCUGUGAACUGCAUCUUCCCUCUGAAGAACUAUCAUGAGGAGACCAAUCUGAACGAGGAGCUGAACUGCCUGAUGCUGGAGGCCUUCACACAGGCUGUGUACUCAGCUCAUGAAUACGUGACAAAGUGUUCACAGUAGGGCUGCAACAACUAAUUAACAUUAUUGAUAAUAUUGAUGCUAAAAAUUAGUGACAAUAAAUCAAGUUAUCGAUUAGUUGGCUUAAUGGUGUUUCCACUCAAUGACGCCUCAUUGACGUCAUUCAAUUAAAAGGAUGAGAUAUAGAUGGUGCAGACUGCAGGCAAAGAUAUUUAUAUCAACGCGCCCCCCCCAA